UUCUGGCCAUCCUUGCCAACUCUCUAGAAAGUCAAAAAAAAAAUGUCUUCCAAGGUCAGCGCCUUUUGCAUGAUCGUGUCCCUUCUCUUCUUCACAUUAUCUUGUGCCUCUGCCGCCCGCCCCGAACCUGCUGCAUAUUCAGAUCAUGCUACUCCAAUCAAAACUCAACAUCUGGAUGUUGAAGCAGAGAAGGUUCAGGUGGACGACAGCUGCGAGGGAAUUGAGGAAGAAGAGUGCUUGAUGAGGAGAACACUUGCAGCUCACAUUGAUUACAUCUACACCCAGAAGACCAAGCCUUGACCUGUCGAUUUUGUCAUACAUAGUUACUUUCUUAUAGUUUAUUCAUAAAUUUGUGUCUUCAUAUGAGGUUCUUUUAUCAGGUUCAGAUAGUUUUUCAACUUCAGAGAGGUUUUGUGGAUGAAUACCGUUUUGAUUCUUCUAUUCAUGUAGGAGAAUUUUUCUGGUUGUUUAAACCAGUGUAAUAUAUGGCAUAGAUACUAGUGAAAUUUCUAUUAUAUGUUUCAA